UCUGUAUGUUGGUGUCUGCAUUGUAUUGAAAGGCUAUAUUCCUACACAAGUCGCUCGAGACGACUUUGCAUCACGCAUCAAUAAUACAGUCAUGAUCACGCCGCGUUUCUCUUGCAGUCAGACCGACACUGAGGUGGUCGUGAAAAUGUACUGCCCGUCUGUCCGGGCGUCUGACGUUGAGAUCAACAUUGAUGAGAAACUCUUCAGCGUCCACGUGAACCCUUAUUUUCUUCGCUUGAACUUCUCGCAUCCUCUCAAGGGCGACGACGAUGCCUCCGCAUCGUAUGAUGCAGGCUCGGGUUACCUGACCGUGACCCUAACAAAAGAAACGCCGGGCCAGGACUUCCAAGACCUGGACCUGCUCGCGAAACUGCUUGCGCCACGUCCGUCAGAACAGCCGCCACAACAGCCCGUGAUCGAGGUGCUAUCCUCCGAGGACACAGCUGCGAACGAAGAGGACGCUGACGAGGAGCUGGCUCGACGGACGCAGCGGUUGACAUUAGAACAGGAAGAAAUCCUGCGAGCUGCGGAGAAUGAUUGGCAGCUGCCACAGGAAGUCCCUCAGCCUCUCCCUCAGCUGAAAACAACGCCGGAGUACCGGUAUGGCUUCUUGGACAUGCACUCUGGAUAUUUCAGACAUGUCACGCAUACCGAGAACGAGGUCAACGAAAUCGGCGCCGAUGCAGAGACAUGUCCACCGAGCGAACGCCGGAAGCGGCGUCUCAAGCACGAGGAUGAGAAAUGGGAUGAAGAAUACUACAUGGCAGAUUAUGUCGAGGACGAAUACAUUCAGGAGCUUCUCCACUGGCAGAAUCCACAUACAGAUUCUACGGAGGGCUUCCAUUACAGCGAGGAAGAUAAUGCAACGAUGCUCCGUCUCCCUCGGAAAGAAUAUCUUGCGAUGCCACAGCAGACGCACGAUCUCUAUCUCACCCUUCUCACACUCUUGCUCUCUUAUGCAUACGACUGCCGCACCACGCAGCACGACCCGACACCUGAGAGCGCCUGGACACUCAGUGUCCUCACACCAGCCUUUUCCGCGCUCGAUCCGGCGCCCUACUCUGCGGAACCGCCACCCCCAGAUCCAGACAAAUUUUCUGCGGAGGAGCUCUCGGCGACAUUCUCGGCUUCCUACCGUCGUGUCUUCGCUUUCCCACUUUACCGCUCCUGGGUACUGGCGGAGAAGUGUCGCGCUGACGUCGCGGCGCUCCUCGGACAAGGCAAGCGGGUCAUCGCAAGAUGUCUCCUCGAGAUGAAGCAUAUCCUCGACCACCACGAGGUGUAUUACAUAUACAGCAAGGUAUGGCUGGACGAUUUCUGCGUCUGGACACUAGCAUACGCAAGUGAUGAAACGCUACAUGUCCUAGCUGCAACAGUGAAGUCGCUGAAGAUGGAGAAGAGCAUGAUCGGUCGGGACCUUGACGAGCUGGAGGCGUCGGCCCAGGAGGCGAUGAGGAGGGAGCCCGAUAGCGAUGAUGAGUCUGAAGACGAGAUUGAGCGCAUGCUCCCCGCGCCUUUGUAGCGGUCAAGGCUGUCCUCCUUGGGGGAGUUGACAGCCUUCCGAAUACUCGUAACUGCAACAUGCGGCCGUGAGUUGGACUGUGCGGGUCAGGCGGUAGUGCUGACCUAUUGUGCGACGUCUCUCCGAGACUAGAACCUCGAUAGGAGGUCGCUUGGUCGUUCUUGAAUCAAAUUAUUUCAACUCGGAGUCAGCCAAUUCUCAGGCUGGAUGUGCAGAAGGCUGU